AAAAACAGGAUCCUGAGAUUUCCCCAAGAGCCAGCCAGCUGGUUAUUCAGUGUAGACAAAAGAAGAAGUUGUAAAAUAGUCAAAAACUGAACUAUAAAACUGGUAAAUGCAGGAGUGUUAAUAAUAAUAAUACAAAGCAAUCAGACGUUAAAAUAAAGCCUGCUUGCUGGGCUGGGAUCGGUUGCCCGUGCUGUACCGGGGGAGGCGGAUAAAACAAACAAGAAGGAUCUUUGUCCAUUUCCGGAUUGGGGAAACCCAUCUGUCGUGGAAAGAGUAGGCGGUGCCGUCUGAUCGAAGGGAGCAAGAGGGAGAAGAAGAGAGAAAGAGAGAGAGAGAGGGGGAGACACCUGCAGCCACAGCACACCAGUAUCAACGCCGGUGCGCACUCGGCAGAGCCACCGGCAAGCAUCUUCACUAAUAAAGUGCCUGCUUGCACUCAGAGCUGACUGUGGAGACGUCUUUUCGACAGGAGGUCAAGGUGGAGGCAUGGCGGGCAGGCGGAGAGGCAUAGAGCUGCUGGGUGAGGGGGCAGACAGCCCCAGGGCGGGGCGUCGAGGCCAGCAGGCAGCGGGGAGCCCUAGAGCUGGCAGAGGAGAGGCAGCAGCCGGCAGCGUGCAGCAGGAGAUGCUGGAGAAAGCCAGGGUUCUGUUCCAGCUGUGUGACAAAGAGGAGAAGGGCUUCAUCACCAAGAGAGAUAUGCAGCGCUUGGAGAAUGAGCUGCCCCUGACUCCGGAGCAGCUGGAGGAUGUCUUCGACAGUCUAGAUCAGGACGGGAACGGCUACCUCACCCCCCUGGAGUUCAGCAUGGGCCUGGGGAGGUACAUCGGUGUCGAGGUGCUCCCUGAGCCCGAGGGUUCGGACUCGUCUGUCCUGGAGGACACGUUUGUCUCUGGAGGCUGGGAGGAGGACCUGUCCAUGCUGGAGGACAGUGAGGAGAGACGCUUCUGUGUGAUGAUGCAGCAGCUGGGAGCCACGCAAGUCUUCAAAGAUCAGUCCGAGGUCAGGGAGCUGUGGGCCAGGCUGCACAGGGACCGACCGGAGCUGCUGUCUGAUUUCGAGAAGCUCCUGUCCAAGGUGUCGACUCACAUCCAGGAGGUGCACCUGGAGAAGAACUCGAUGGAGCAGGCGUUGCACAGGAGGGAGUGUGAUCAUGACAGGGAGGUGCACUCUCUGUACAAGGAGAUGGAACACCAGAUCACCAUUGAGAAAGACAGACUGCUGAACCAGGAUUCCCUGCGGCAGAGCGACAAGAGCCUGCAGCUGCAGAGAGAGUUGGGAACGAAGGAGCAAGAACUGGAGGGGAUCGUGGGGAGACAAAGACAGUUGGAGAGCCAGCUUCACGAGCUGAGCUAUGAGCAGAUGGAGACGCGGGUUCAGAAUGAACGCCUUCGACACACAAACAAGGAUUUGCAGGACCAGCUGGAGAGGAGCAGAAGGGAGCUGGACACAGCACAGCAUCAUCUGCGACAGCUACAGGAGGAAGCAUCGAGAGAGCAGAGGCAGAAAGACAGGGAUAUUGUUAAAGUUUCCAGGAACAUGCAGAAGGAGAAGGAGAGUCUGCUGAAACAGCUGGAGCUGCUGAGGGAGAUGAAUAAGAAGCUGCAUGACGAGCGCGACGCCCAUGAGUCCAGGAAGCUGAAGCCCUCUGGCAAAAAGCCCCUGCUGAAGAAAGGGUCAGUGAUAGGCAAAUACUUCAUGGAGGAGAAGCCAAUCAAACGACAGCUGAGCCCUCCCAAUCUGGCAUCUCCAACCCCAGAGGAAGUGACAUCAGAGCCCAACAGGAAGAACAGCAAGUAUGUGACCAAUCAGGGAGCUGAAGAAGCAGACGGGUGCGUAGAAGAGGCAGGGCAGAGACAGGAAGAGGAAGAAAUCAAGCUGUUGGCAAGAGGGCUGCCUGUGGGCACUGAAACAGUGGACUGCAGCUCCUCCUCCCUGCCCCCCGAGAGGGUCUUCAAGGUGGUCUUGGUCGGGAACUCUGGGGUGGGGAAGAGCUCCUUCAUCUACCGAUUCUGCCAGGGCUGCUUCCUGUCUGAGAUCAGAGCCACUGUGGGCAUCGAUUACCAGGUGAGGAGUCUGAGCGUGGACUCGACCCCCGUUGCCCUGCAGCUGUGGGACACUGCUGGCCAGGAGAGGUUUCGCAGCAUCACGAAGCAGUAUUUCCGGAAGGCUGAUGGGAUCCUGGUGAUGUACGAUGUGACCCAGGAGUCCUCCUUCACCGCCGUGAGGAACUGGAUGAUCAGCGUGCAGGAGGGAGUGGAGGACAGCGCCGUGAUCUUCCUGCUGGGGAACAAGACAGACAUGGCCGGACCAGAAAGGAGGGAGGUCACUACUGAAGAGGGGCUGAGACUUGCAGAGGAGUACCAGGCUGUGUUCUACGAGUGCAGCGCCAAGGCAGAAUACAACAUCACACAGCCCAUGAUGCACAUGGCCAGGUUACUGGCUGAGCAGGAGGAUAAACAGUGUUACAGCGCCCUCUACCUGUCCAAGGAUUAUAACAAGAAGAAGGGCUGCUGUAUAAAAAACUAAUAGCAGGCCAGUCUGACCUCUGACCUGCUUACGACCCCUGGAUCGCCAGCCUUCCAGAAGGACUUCAUAAGUCAAAGUUAAUAACUGUCUCAAUUAUUAUAUUCAUCCUCAUCAAAUGAUCUGGAGUCGGUCUAUGCUGUAGUGAGUCAAUUAAUGUUUCUGACAAACUGAAUCAGAUGAUACCCUCAUAGCUGUGAACCUGAUCAAAUAAUCUGAUUUGUGCAAAUGGGUUCAAAUCACAUCUUAUCCAGAACUGCGAUUACCCAAACCAAGCAAGUCCCAUUCGUUCUGGAGGGAGACUCACUUCUGUAGCUUUCCAAUCUCAUAGUUAGAAGACUAUCUCCUGCAGGAACUUUCCAAUCUCAGAGUUAGCAGAGUCACUUCUGUAGGAACUUUCCAACCUCAGAGUUAGAAGACUCGCUCUCUCUGCAAAUGUUUCCCUCUCUCGCUCACUUGCAUGAUGUGAUGUUUGCUGCUCUAGUGUGGAGGCAGGCAGGUCUGUGGCUGCCUCAUUUCAUCCCAGCCCCUUGCCAGUAACUGUUCAAUUGCUGUUGUGUUCUUGUAAAAUGCUGGACGAGUUUACACGCUGGCUUCAUGUUUACACACACUGUCUUCUUGUUUACACGCUGGCUUCAUGUUUACACACACUGUCUUCUUGUUUACACGCUGGCUUCAUGUUUACACACACUGUCUUCUUGUUUACACGCUGGCUUCAUGUUUACACACACUGUCUUCUUGUUUACACGCUGGCUUCAUGUUUACACACACUGUCUUCUUGUUUACACGCUGGCUUCAUGUUUACACACACUGUCUUCUUGUUUACACGCUGGCUUCCUGUUUACACACACUGUCUUCUUGUUUACACGCUGGCUUCAUGUUUACACACACUGUCUUCUUGUUUACACGCUGGCUUCCUGUUUACACACACUGUCUUCUUGUUUACACACACUGUCUUCAUGUUUACACACACUGUCUUCUUGUUUACACACACUGUCUUCUUGUUUACACACACUGUCUUCUUGUUUACACACACUGUCUUCUUGUUUACACGCUGUCUUCUUGUUUACACACACUGUCUUCUUGUUUACACGCUGGCUUCAUGUUUACACACACUGUCUUCCUGUUUACAUGCUAUAUUUUAAAUAAUUACCCAUCAUUCAAUCUUCUGGGACAGUGUCCUGUUUUCUUUCCCUUCUAAAUUGACUCGAGAGAAUCACAUGUGAUAUUUGAUCAUUUUUAAAUACAUGUAUAUAUUAAAUUAUUUUAACUACA